UGUAAUACAAGUACAUCCAUCUUAUUGAAGCCUGACGUUGCAUUUGACGUGGCUUCAUCUGAGGCUCAUACAAUUGAAUUGAUCUAUUCAUAAACCAGAAGAAAGGCACCUGCAGAUCGCUACUGCGCUUCUCUUUGUCAUUUUGUUGUCGCAGCUGAUAAACAGAAAGCCGCCAUCGUGAGGGCGCGGCCAUCACAUCGGUUCACGCGUACUUGCUCCUGGCUAUGAGCGAGCAUGUUGAAGCUCGGUCUCUGGCCGCUUUGAAUCAGCUCGCCGCCAAUCCUCCUCAAUACCCGACGAAACCGAAUGAAGUAAGACAAGAUCCGCUCACACUCUACAUCUCUAGAGUGCCUGGAACGCAAGACAUAAUCUUAUCGACUUUGAAACCACAAGUCAAGAACGUCACUGUUGGGGAUGUUGCUAGUUCACUAUACUACGUACAUUUUCAGUCUGAGAACGAACUCUUGACACGUCUGAAUGUCCCUGGGCAUUCCUCUUCCCCUGGAUCCAGGGAAGAAAGCCCGAGGCCUCAAAUUCGCCGAAAGCCCUUGCCGAAUACGCCGGGCCAGCCUGCACCAGGAAUCGCGCCGCUUGCGCCGGCAGCUCCUUCGGGGAAGGAAAACCGGGGUUAUGAAUACCCUGCGCGGAAACCUGUGUUGCAGACAGUCUUAGAUGGACAGUCUGAACACCACACACUCAAUCCUACAGUGACACCAGCCGGCCAUGGCGUGUCUCUCGAUUCUCGACCAUCUCCCCUUGACGCAGCCAGGCACAAUCCCCCACCAUUACCUAGUAAACCUCGUCCACUAAAUUCAUACAAUGUUGAGGACCACCCCCAAUCAUUUCCUCCUCGUCCAGGGAAUAGACAUUCUCCUUCCGAUGUGUUCGAUACCCUUCAUCAAGACCAUGGUCUUGCUGAGGCUUCGUCGCGCCGACCAUUUGCUCCCUUUUCUUUAACGCUAAUCCGAAGAGACCCGAGCUCAGGGCAGCAAUGGAAUGUGGGGAAGCUCGCCUCGUUUCAGCUUGAAAAUCCCGAUCUCAUCGACGACGAAAAGCGUCCGCCUGCAUAUCCCUCUGUUCAGAUUCACCUAGAGACAUCUGGAUAUGCCAAGUUUCGCGGUAUGCCUGCUGGAGGGGAGGCUAGUCUGCGAGAUAGCCUCGACAUACGACCUGGAAGCGCCGCUUCGCCGACAAGCCAACUCCGUAACAUUCCGACAGGAAUGCCUGCCUCUGGCGCAUUCGAGCGCCAAGUCUUGAUGACCUACUCCCCUUCGUUCACAGCUACUCUUCGACAGCGUUUUCGAAGCCACAGUUCGGCAGACGAGAGUCGAUUCAGCCCUCCUCCUCAUCGUCUCGGCCACAACCGAGGUGAAAGCCAAACAUCUAUGGGGUCGUUUGGGGGAGAUUUUGAUGGAAGUGACGCCCCCGUAAUCACACAGCCUGCACCUGGCCUGAAGCCGAGAGGCUACGUCUUUUACAGCCCCUGGGAUGGGCGCUGUGAGUUUGUUACCGGAAAAGGUGGACGCACUCUUAAAUGCAGACAUGUACUUCCCUCCUACGGCGGCGGAGUGUACAACCCACUAGUCGACGGGUCUGAUCCUGAGCAUGGGGAUGAGAAGCUAGAUAGCGCCCGACCCGUCAGCGAGUUGCGCUUUAAUCUUCCCAGUAACGAAGUUUUAGGAGAUAAAAAGUCUACGGAGGGCGGCAUGAGAACACGGGAUCAUUUACAGAGCCAAUUCAACAGAAUGGUGGCAAAGGCGCAAGGCCUCGACGAUAGUGACGACGGAGACUUCCACUUCGACAUGAGCCUCGGCCGGGAAAAGGCGGGUGGAGGAAACAGGGGUAAGCGAGCCAAGAUGGGCAAGUUAAUCAUAUAUGAUGAGGGCUUGAAGAUGCUUGAUCUCGCAGUCGCCGCGAACGUGGGCAUCUGGUGGACUACUUACAACACGCGUGGGUAACCAUUGCAGCUUUAACCAUCAUCUGAAUGAGAUUGAAGACAGUUGAAAGCACAUUAAAACGCCUUAAUAGAUAAUGAGGGAGAUAAACUGGGAUCACGCAAGUCUACGUAUAAACGGCUCGUAUGAUGAUGAUGUAGCUUAUAAAAAUAGAAGCAAAAGCCUAUCCACUGUUAAUUCGCAGACAGCUUGAAAUG